CGUCAUUUCCUCGGUCGCCCUCUUUUCACCGUGUGGACAGAUUUCCAUACGGCGUUGUUUCGUGCUCUCCCAUUAAUUCGUAACGCAGGGAAAGCGGUCACGAUGUCCGGAGGUCUGGAUGUCCUUCAAAUGAAGGAGGAGGAUGUGCUGAAGUUCCUAGCGGCAGGAACCCAUCUGGGAGGCACCAACUUGGACUUCCAGAUGGAGCAAUACGUCUAUAAGAGAAAAAGCGACGGUGUGUAUAUCAUUAACCUGAAGAAGACAUGGGAGAAGCUACUACUGGCAGCCAGGGCCAUUGUUGCCAUUGAGAACCCAGCUGAUGUGUGCGUCAUCUCCUCCAGGAACACGGGACAGAGAGCAGUGCUGAAGUUUGCCUCUGCCACCGGAGCAACCACCUUCCAUGGUCGUUUCACUCCUGGUACAUUCACCAAUCAGAUCCAGGCAGCUUUCAGGGAGCCCCGCCUCCUGAUUGUGACUGAUCCUCGUGCUGACCAUCAGCCACUGACUGAGGCUUCCUAUGUGAACAUCCCCACCAUUGCCCUGUGCAACACUGAUUCCCCACUUAGAUACGUGGACAUUGCUAUCCCCUGCAACAACAAGGGUCACCACUCUGUGGGUCUGAUGUGGUGGAUGUUGGCAAGGGAGGUCCUGAGGAUGAGGGGAACCAUUUCCAGGGAGCACCCGUGGGAGGUUAUGCCUGAUCUGUACUUCUACAGAGACCCUGAGGAGAUUGAGAAGGAGGAGCAGGCUGCUGCUGAGAAGGCUGGUGCAAAGGAAGACUUUCAGGGUGAAUGGAGCGCUCCUGCUGCUGAGUUUGCUCAACCUGAGGUGGCUGACUGGUCUGAGGGUGUUGCUGUGCCAUCUGUGCCCAUCCAGCAAUUCCCUGCAGCUACUGCAGCAGCUGCAGCAGCGGCAGCAGCAGUAGUCAAGACUGGUGAAGUCUUUUCUGAGGACUGGAGCACCCAGCCUGCCACAGAGGACUGGUCCACUGCCCCCACUGCUCAGGCAUCUGACUGGGGUGGUGCCACUUCUGACUGGUCUUAAAUCAAUGACCAAAACGAGAAUAAAAAGUGUUUUUUUAACACACACUGA